AUGUCGGCGGUCGGCGCGGCCCGGCGGGGCGGGGACCUGCCCGGGGUGCAGAGAGCGGCCGGCAGCCCCCAGGCGCUGGCGGGGCCCGGCGCGCUGAGCGGAGCAUGGCUGGCCAAGGAAGAGCAGUACAAGCGACUGAAUGCAGAAUUAGAAGCCAAAACAGAAAUACUGGUGCGUCAGGCUGAAGAACUAAUGAAAGGCCAACAGAAGAUACUUUCUCAGCCAGUUUCAGCACAGAGUAAGUCACCUGAAGAUGACAGACAGAGAGAUCCACUCUGUCCUGAAGUUUCAUCUCUUACACACUCGCUUGCAAAGGUAGAAAACAAGAAGAAAUUUCCUUCUGUGCCCACAGCUCAGAACAGACCAUACUCUGCAAGUAAGGGAAAAAGAACAACUUCAAGUUCAAAAAUAAGAAAUGUGGAAGUACAAAGUGCUGAUGGUGUUGCAGUACUGGAAGAUUGCACAGGUUUUUCUUUAGCAAAAACAAUUAGCAAAGUUGAAGAAAGACUAAAGAAAGGAGUCUUACCAGACUGUCAAGAUGAUGACAUUUUUCCAAGGGUUGGAAAUGAGAUGGGAUCAGAAGCUCAAAUCAGAUUUCUUAAGGCAAAGUUACGUGUGAUGCAGGAAGACCUGGCAAAUAUAGUGUUUGAAUGCAGGAAAAAGGAUGAUGAAAAUCAGAAUUUAGGAACUCGGCUCAAAGAUACUGAAGAAGAAAACUCAAGACUGCAACGAACAAUCAGCCUGCAGCAGUCUCAGAUUGAGAAGUACAAAAUGUUGUCACAAGAAGCAAACAAAAAAACUGAAGGGUUACAACAAGAGGUCACUGCACUAGAAAAGGAAUUGGAGAGUGUAAAGCGUGCCCAAAAGCAGGCUGCAGCCACUCAGAGUGCAACAGAGGUUCGUUUAAACAGGGCCUUGGAAGAAGUAGAGAAGUACAAAGUGGAGCUGAAUAAACUGAAGCAAAGCAACAAGGAUGUAGCUAAUCAAGAACUCAAAAUGAUCGAAGAGUUAAAAGCAGAAAACAAGAAACUGCAGAAACAAAAAGGAGAGCUAAUUACAGGUUUUAAAAAGCAGUUAAAAUUAAUUGAUAUUUUGAAGAGACAAAAGAUGCACAUUGAAGCUGCCAGGAUGCUUUCUUUUACCGAAGAGGAAUUCAUGAAAGCUCUUGAGUGGGGAAAUUAUUGAUCCCAUUAAAUAACUUCUGUUUGAAAGAUGAGUCAGAUGGUACAUUAUUUUGAGACUGUAUAUGUGUCCUUGUUAAUAGUUAAUAACUGUAUAUCCCACGGAAUUGAUUUUGUUGAUUUUUCUUAUGUUUAAAUAGUUAAACUUUUGUCAGCCUGAUAGCUUGUGUUGUAAUGUGGUAUGAAACAUAAAUUUCUACUUCAUUGUCAGGCCAAACUGCCCAUUCUGUAAGGAGCAGAGAAGCACAGACCAUGCAAGGAAUAUUCCAACAAGUGAACUUUGUUAUCAGUUUGCUCUGUUCUAGCAUUUAAAACUGUACCUUAUCUAUGGUCAUAUUCAGUCCAAGGAAGUCAGGAUUUAGUCUCAGAAAAUUCCUUGUUGCAACAGAAAUAAACUAACCAGUGAUCCACUUCAGAAGAAAAUGUCAUGUCCUUUUUAAAACACGUGGUUGGAAAAUUGGCCUUGUCUGUU